AUGAAUCCAACCCAAUUGCUCUCAGUGGCCAUUCGUAAACGUCGUAUCGCUUACAGUCGCAAGGAACGUGAUUUACGCGAAGAAUUGAUGCAUACAGGAUUGAUUCAAUCGUUAUGCAAGUUCCUUGGCGAAGGACGUGCUCGACGGCGCAAACAUCGGCGUUCCAAGCAUGGUCGCCGACGACGCUCCAACUCUCCUGCAGCAGCANGCAGCAGCAACAGCGCCAACACCAGCAGCUACAGUUCCCAUGGAACUCGAACAGCAACAACGCAAACGUGA